AUGAAUAAUAUAUCAGAUAAGAACAUAUUGAAAUAUCAGGAGAAGUAUGAAGAACAAAAAAGAAAAACGGAAAAAGAAAAAGAAAAAGAAAAAGUAAAAGAAAAAGAGAAUGUAAAAGAGAGUGAGAAAGAAAAAGAAAAACAGAACAGUAAUUAUAUAAAUAACAUAAAUGAUGAACAUGAUAUAUAUGAGGAUAAUUAUUCAAGAGGAAAAACACAAUCAUAUAGAAGUUACGAAUAUAAGUUAGAACAUAUAAUGAAAAAAAAAGAAGAAUAUGAUAAUAAUACAUAUUGGGAAAAAAAAAAAUAUAAGGAAUAUUCCCAAGAUAAAAAAUAUAACAAGGAAUAUUAUAAUAAGGAUUCAUCGUAUAGUUAUAAAAGAAAAAAUGUACCAAAAAAAAGGAAUGAAGAUAAUAUACCUGAUUAUUAUGAUAACUAUUCUGAGUUUUCUAUGGAAAGAGUUAAUUUAAAUGAAGACGAAGAAGAUUAUGAUAAAAAUUAUUUUAUGGAAAGAGGAGAUGGUUAUAAGAAUUCUAGAAAAUAUAAAUUGAGUGAAAAGAAAUAUUCACCAUACGAUAAUGAAAGGAUGAAAAAAUAUUCCCAUUAUGAUGAUAAAGCAUUCAAUAUGAAUAUAUAUUAUAAAAAAAAGUUUACGUAUCACAAUGAUAUGAAUAAUUAUGAUUAUAUGAACAAAACAGGUGAAGAAAGUAAAUAUAGAAACGAUUUUUCAGAUUAUUAUAGGAAAAGGUAUAAUAAUGAUGAUUUGGAAGAUUAUAAACAAGACAAUUUUUAUAGAAAAAGAAAAAUUAGCCCAAGUAUAAUAAACAGGGAUGAUACUAAUAUGGAUAAGAAUUAUAUUAUGAGUAGAAAGGAAUAUAUAUCUUAUGAAUCCUCAACAAAAAGAAGACGUUCCAAUAAUAAUAACGUCAUAUCACAUUAUGAAUUUGAUAAACCAUGUGAGAAAAGGUCAACAGACACCGUGGAUAAUUAUAAAAAUAAUAUAAGAUAUAAAAAAGAAAAUAAAAAUGAUAAUACAAAAAGUGUAUAUAAUUCUGUGGGAGAUAAAAAUUUAGAGGUACUAUCCAAUCAUAAUAUAAAAGAAGAGUAUAAAAAUGAAGAAAUAUCUUCGUCACAUGAAUCAGAAAAAAAAUAUGAAAGGAAAUAUAAUUAUGAAAAGGAACAUAAAUAUAAAGAUAAAGAUAAAAAUAAAGAUGUAUUAACAAGUGGGGAUAUAAAAAAAAAUUCAUUCAAAGAGGAAUUUAAAGAAAAUUCAUCUAAAAGAAAAUCCUACAGCGUAAAUAAAAUAUCAAGGAAAAGUUCUUCUAAAAUGUAUAAUAAGGAAAACAAAGAAUAUGAACAAGAAAAGGAAACAUUUGAUCAAAGAAAUUAUUAUAGAAAUAAAAGUAAUUAUCAUCAUGAAUAUGAUAAAUUUGAAAAAUAUAAUUAUAGAGAAAAAGGAAACGAGAGAGAUUAUGAAUUAUAUGAUGAGGAUUAUAAAGCAUAUAAGAAUAGAAAGCAAUAUGAUAAUAAAUAUGAUUAUUAUAAGGGUGAUUAUUAUAAGGAUGAUUAUUAUAAGGAUGAUUAUUAUCAUAAGGAAGAUUAUCAUCAUAAGGAUGAUUAUCAUCAUAAGGAAGAUUAUCAUCAUAAGGAAGAUUAUCAUCAUAAGGAAGAUUAUCAUCAUAAGGAAGAUUAUCAUCAUAAGGAAGAUUAUCAUCAUAAGGAUGGUUAUUAUCAUAAGGAUGGUUAUUAUCCUAAGGAGGAUUAUCAUUACAAAAAUGUACAUCAUUAUGAUAACAAUCACCAUGAUGAUGAUAAAGAUGAAUAUUACAGUUAUCAUUCUUCAGAUCACGAAUCUGAAGAAACAGAAAAUAAAAAAGUUGAACAUGUCCAAGUGAAUAACAAAAUUAUUAUAAACAUCGAUGAAGAUACAAAUGAAAAGUAUUGGAUAGAUAGUAAUACAAGUAGUGAUAAUGAUAAUAAUAAUAAUAAUAAUGAUAAUCAUUCAAAUGAGGAAAAGUAUAUUUGUUUAAAAUUUCGAGAUUCCCAUGUUAGAAAAUUUGUUUUAAAUAACCAACUUGAUAAUAAAAAAGUAGAAUAUAAUUCGACGACCAAUAUGGAUAAUAUAAUUGAGAAGAAUGAAAAACAUAUAAGUGAUGAUAACAAUAAUAAUAAUAAUAUAAUAAAUGACAAUUUAUUGUGUUUAAUUAAAAAAGGACAUGAUAAUGCAUUUAAUAAGGAAGAGCAGGAUGUGACAGAAAAAAAUAAAGGUAUCGACAAUAUACAUAUAUAUAGAUAUAUAAGUAAAAAUGAAAAAAUGUAUUUAUCCAAAGAAUUGGAAGAAAAUAUAUUAUUAGAUGAAGAUCCUUGUGAAAAAUAUAAAAAGUUAAAUGAUACAAUCCAAACAAAAGAUAAUUAUGAACAUUUUGAUAACUUGUAUCAAAAUAAAAUAAAAAAUUCUGAAAUAAAUUUGAAAAAAAAAAAUAUAUAUUAUAGUAAUAAUUAUAUUACAAAUAAUAAUAAUUCUGUAUAUGAUAAGGAAACCAAAUGUGAUGAACAUAAUUUAAAAAAUGAUAUAUUUGAUUCAUAUUUGAAGGAUACAAAAAAGGAGACUUUUCAAGAUAAAUCAAAGGAUGAUACUAUUAUUCAUUUAUCUAAUCAUAACAAAUGCACAAAAAAUAAAACUCUUAAUAGACCAAGUGUUGAUGAGUUUGAUGAAUAUAUAAACAAAAAACACAACAAAGGAAAUACAGAAAAUUAUAAUAAAUAUGAUGAAAGAGAAAAAAGUAUUAUAAAUGAAAAAGCAAAGGAAAUAAAGGAAACAUAUAUGAAUUCAUUAAAUAAUAAAAAAAAAAAAAAAAAAAAGGAUGAUCAUGAUGAUGAUAAUGAUGAUAAUAAUGAUGAUAAUAAUGAUGAUAAUAAUGAUGAUAAUAAUGAUGAUAAUAAUGAUGAUAAUAAUGAUGAUAAUAAUGAUGAUAAUGUAGAUUGUGUAAGUGGAUUAGGUGAUUUUCCUGAAUGUAUAAAGAAUAUAAUAAAUAAUAUGAGUAGUACAUAUAAGGUGAAUGAAAAUAUUGAUUUAUUAAAUUUAAAAGAAAGGAAAUCAUUUCGUAUACCUAAAUUUUUUCAUUUCAUAGAUAAUAUUACGAAUACAGAAAGUUUCUUAAAUUACUUACAAAAAAGAAAAGAAGCUAGCCGAAAAUGGAAAAUAAUAGCAAGAAAUAUUCUUCAUAAAGAAAUGCAACUUUUAUUAGAAACAAUACAUUAUGAUAAAUAUGAAAAUAAAAUAGAUUUCAUAAUUAAUUCGCUUAAAUCUCUCUAA